AUGUUCGAGAAAAUUCUCCUCGGAAUCGCUAUCUUGCAGAUGGCGCGGGCAUCCACGUGUCAAGCACAAAGCGGCGGCGAUCCUGGAACUUGUGAGAAAUGUGAUGCUCUUAUUGGCCAAACGAAGUAUUGUUCUAAGUGCAACGGAGCAAACUACGCCCCCGUGAACGGUGCUUGUGAGGACGUGGAGACGCAGGAGGAUAAAAAAGCUCUUUGCAAAGCACACGCCAGCGGGGCUUGUACAACGUGCGGAGGCGCCUCCUUCAUGUACAAGGACGGCUGUUAUUCAAAGGACACUGAACCAGGACAGAGCAUGUGCACGCAAGCCUCUGAGGGAAAAUGCACCGAGGCGGCCCCGGGGUACUUUGCUCCGGUGGGAGCGGCGAACACUGAACAAUCUGUGGUCGCAUGUGGCGAUACAACUGGAGUAACAAUAGCAGCUGGCGGAAACACAUACAAGGGCAUUGCUGACUGCGCAGAGUGCGGCGCCCCUGACGCAACAGCCGGCGCUGAGGCCGGCAAGGUUGCAACGUGUACCAAGUGUGGAGUCAGUAAGUAUCUCAAGGAUAAUACGUGCGUAGAUAAAGCCCAGUGCGAUUCUGGUAACACCAACAAGCUCGUUGCCGUUGACGAUCCUGAGAAUGGCAACAAAUGUGUUUCUUGCAGCGAUAACCUCAAUGGUGGCGUUGCCAAUUGCGACACCUGUAGCUACGAUGAGCAAUCUAAGAAGAUCAAGUGUACAAAAUGCACCGAUAACAACUACCUGAAAACCACAAGCGAAGGCACGUCGUGCGUACAAAAAGACCAAUGCAAAGACGGCUUCUUCCCCAAGGAUGACAGCAGUGCAGGAAAUAAAUGCCUCCCUUGUAAUGACAGCACCGACGGAAUUGCCAAUUGCGCCACGUGUGCUCUGGUUAGUGGCCGAUCAGGGGCUGCCCUCGUUACGUGCUCCGCCUGCAUAGACGGUAAGAGACCCAACAAGGAAGGCGCAGCAUGCUUUGAAUGUAACAUGGAAGGCUGUGUUUAUUGUAGCGGUGCUAAUAAGUGCGAGGAGUGCAGCGAUGGGUUCAAAUUAGAGGGUGACAAGUGCGUGUCUUCUGGCAGUGCGGGAGUCAAUAAGAGUGGGCUCAGCACAGGGGCCAUCGCGGGGAUCUCCGUGGCUGUGAUCGCUGUCGUGGCUGGCCUUGUGGGCUUCCUCUGCUGGUGGUUUGUGUGUAGAGGAAAGGCGUGA